AUGAACAUGAGGGUCCACUGUCACAAAGGAAGCGUCAACCAUUCCACGCCUUGGCCAAGAAUAAAGCCGGCCAUUCACGUGCCGUCCGAAAGCGGCCGGGCUUCGCUCGCGGGCGGCCACCGGCGCGUGAAUGGGAACAUUAAAGCCUUCCGAGCGCUCGGCGGCCCCGUCAUGCGUGACGCGCGCCGGUCCGUGCUACGAAACUGGGUUUUUGUUUACACGAAACGCCGUCUCCAUUCCCAUAUU